GCGUCUCUUUCUUUCGCCCUUGUUUAUUUCUAAAGCAAAGUCACCCAGAGCCACACUCUUCAGUCUUCCCCCCACCAUCCCCUCCUCACUCCUCCCUCCUUUUUAAGCAAGGAAAUUCUACCUCAAACAACCUCAGUUGCUUUUCAGGGAGAGCGAGUGGUGGAGAAAUGCGUAAUACCAACGCCACCAACGACAAUCUCAACGGCAACCACCGGAGACCCCCUGCUCCUGCUCCUCCCCAACACCACCGCACAUACUACCCAACUUCCCCCUCCUCCAAAGCCUCUUUCAAGGGUUGUUGCUGUUGCCUCUUCCUUCUCUUCUCCUUUCUAGCUUUACUAGUUCUCGCCGUCGUCCUCAUAAUCAUCCUCGCCGUCAAACCCAAAAAGCCCCAGUUCGAUCUCCAACAGGUAGGGGUUCAAUACGUGGGCAUCUCCGCACCCAACCCCACCUCAGUCGAUGGCACCGCCACCGCUGUCAGCACCCCCACCACCGCCUCCUUGUCUUUAACCAUCCGCAUGCUUUUCACUGCGGUUAAUCCCAAUAAGGUAGGGAUCAAGUAUGGAGAGUCGAGAUUCACAGUCAUGUACCGGGGGAUUCCGUUGGGGAAGGCUUCUGUUCCCGGGUUCUUCCAGGAGGCUCACAGCGUCAGAAACGUGGACGCCACCAUCGCCGUUGAUCGUGUCAAUUUGAUGCAGGCGGACGCGGCUGCUUUAAUCAGGGAUGCUUCUCUCAAUGACCGCGUCGAGCUUCGGGUCCUGGGUGAUGUUGGUGCUAAGAUCCGGGUCAUGAACUUCGAUUCUCCCGGCGUUCAGGUUUCGGUGGAUUGUAAAGUAGUUAUCAGCCCUGGGAAGCAGUCUCUUACUUACAAGCAGUGUGGUUUUGAUGGCUUGAACGUGUAGCUAGCGCUGGAGUAGUCUCUUGAAGAGUGCAAGUAUUUUUUUCCUUUUUUUUUCCUCUUUAAUUUUUUCUAUCUCUCUCAAGUCAGAGGGAGAAAGAGAAUGGAAAAACAGGAGAAAGCUAAAAUUAAGGGGGAUAAGGAAGAACCAUCCCCCUAUGACUCACAUGACUGGAGUGGUAGAAAAGCGAGCAAAGAGACAUUAUUCAAUGGGAAAAAUCAAUUUCCCUCACAAAGGUAUUGCUGAUUUUGGUAUUGAUGUUCUUAACUGUAAAGUUGCAUGUGCACUAAUUGUAUUUUAUUCUAUGCCCAUCCAGCAAAAUCCCUCUAUCUUUGCACAAUGUUAAGGGUGUCAAUGAGUCAAGGAACUACGGUGCUCAGCCUGAAAACGAACUUGCUUUUUUGCAAACUCGACCUUGGCUCAAAAAGGAAUUCACGCAGACUUAAUUUCAACGCAUUGCAUUGAACACCAAAGUUUGAGCUCAAAAUUGAUAACAAACUAAAAUUUUACUCCAAUUUCUGUCAUAGGUUAAGUAAACGUGCCUUUUUGAG